AUGGCUGCCUUUCAAAACCACGAAGAAAUCCUUGAAGCCGCUUUCAAGGACCCCAAUAACACCGCCUUCGUCUUCGAGCCUUGCAACGUCAACAAGGUCAUCCACAGCGGCCACUACGACGUCGAUCCAGACCUGCAUUACUCCAAAACCCAGAUGUGGGACAUGGAAGUCAAGAAAGCUCACAAUCCCGCCAAAUACUUGCGGCAUCUCAUCCGCCCCGGAAGCCUCAAGGUCUUCAACGUCCAAAAGGACGGUUCCAAAGAGACCUUUGUGCGUGUGACGGACCAGCGCUCGUGGCGGGAUCCCAAUGUCUACAACACUGUGAUUGAGCAGGUCUUUUUGGAUUAUGAGAAGCAAAGGGCUUUCUUUAUUGGUGUACCCGAGGUUGAAGGGCCGGAUGGCGAAAAGAUCAUCGCGGGCCAGCACCAGGCGUUGUUCCAUGUUGAGCAUUCUGUCACGGGCACCGAGGAGGAGCCAUUGAAUGUGUGGCGAGUUGUGCAUCUGGACAAGGAUGAGGAUGGGUCUCUGAAGGAGGUGUUCAAGAUGUUGAUGCAGUCUCCUUAUCUGAGGGAGUUUCACGAAGUUUACAUUCGUGAGGAUCUUGGCAAGAAGUUGGAGCUCAUCGCAGCUUGUCAGGAGCGUUUGUAUUGUCACGACAAGCACAGAGUACUCGAUUUCCUCGUGCUACAUGCGGGACACAAACAGGAUAAUGUGGACGGAAUGGGUGAGAAUCGUAGCAGCCGGAUCAAUGGCAUCGUCCUCCACAUCA